AUGGUGACUCUUGAGGUGAAAGUGCUUGGAAACAAGCCGAAACCUGUUCGCCCCCACCCUCACGCUAAAGGCAAAAGCCAGCAAGUGCCUACUAAGGAUGCUGCCAGUGAUACGCCAACCGUUGAUGAUGGGCCAGAGGACAUGCUACUGAGUGCUGGUGAGGCUGAUGUGGUUGCUGAGAAACCUGGGAAGAAACAGACAGCAGAGAAGAUGAAGACGUUACUAAAGGAAGCCAUCAGAAACGCCUGGAAUUCUGAUACCAAAACUGAUAGCAAUAAUAACUCGGAUAUUGAUACACCUGUCAGUGACAAGAAAGGCAACAAUGCAGCUUUGUCUACAACCAAAAAGCUGUUGCUUGGCGGUUAUCUCAAAAACUGGGCCAAUGAUGUCCCAGAGAAAGCUUACCCGAAGUCCAACACAUUAAGUUCCAGAUCUGAAUCGCACACUCCUACUCCACCCCAAUCAAUCUUGUCCGCUGCUACUACUAGUACCAGCACUAGUUCCAAGGCCACAUCUGUGAGGAUCAACAAGGAGAAGGCAACUAAACCUGACAUUCAUGAAUCCGAUGAUGUCCUGAUGCAUCCAGCUGCACUGCGCUGGAAAGGGGAAAAGGUAGUUAGAAAGCCUACCACCAUAAUUGUUCCCGCUAGCGAGAGUGACUCCAAGCCUGAGCAGAUGACUUAUGUCACUGAGUCUGGCAGUGUGAAGUGGAAGGCCGCUAGCGAUGAUGUUGAGGAUUUUGUUGAUGAGACUGCAUCUGAGGCCUCGUCUGAGGCCACAGAUAAUUCUGACAUUCUGAUAGAAGAUUCACAGGAAAUGACAGGCUUCAUGCCUGAGGUUACCACAAUUCCCACCACCAAGAAGAAGGAAUAUGCUCCUCACAAGACUACAUCAGUGUCUACCAUUGUAUCUCAGAACGCUGCCCCUCCACCACCAAAGAAGUUGAAGAAAGAAAGCUCAGAGUCUACUAAUGACAAUGAUCUCGUGCCUCCCCCCUCCACCCAAGUUCCAGCAGGCUAUUAUGAUGAUACCAUGCCUCCCCCCAGCACCCAAGUCCCACCAGGCCACUGGACAACUGCUGCACAGGAGGUGAUCAAGCCGCAUGGUCAAUACUGUAACACUGACCUUUCCGUACCUGCCAACUUGAAGUGGGUGAAGGCCUUUUUGUCCACAGCAGUUCUUUGGGCUGGAAGUCAGCCUAAUCCAUGGGAGAUGUCUGAGUCCGUGAUGGCGGACGCGCUGCAGGACAUUUUUGAAGUGGUCUACCCUGGCGUCAAAUACAAGGUGAAUCCAAACGGCGCUGUAUUCGCUGUGACACAACAGCAGCUCUCAGAGUGGAGGAGCAACAUUGGCUCUGCGGCACUUGCUAUCAUCGUAGAUUUUUGCUCUUGCAUCAAAGACGCACCAAAUGCCGAAGUUGCCAAGCAACUCCUCAAAAAAUAUGUGUUUAUUUAUGAAGACUCAGACAAUAUAUUGUGGGAGAUGGCCUACCUGUCAGCAUUCAUACUCCAAUUGAUGGCAACCAAUCAUCUCGUUGUGAAUGCUGACCAUAUCGAUGUUCCUGCACUGAAUACUGAUGAGCUUUCCUUGGGAGGCAUGGAUGGUGCCAUCAUGCUCUGCGUUGUUGCACUUGAACGCGCGCUCAAGUUUGUUCAAGACAACAUCAUCAAGGUUGAAGAGGUUCUUGCAUCUAUAGCAACCAGCAAGUUUGCUGUCAAGCUUCCAAUGGUACUCAACAAGGCAACAGGCAAGAUGUCGAGUGGAUGUUACAAGUUCUCAUUUGCCAACUGCCACGAGGAGACGGAAUCAUACAUGAAGUCAAUCAGCAGCAGGAGCUGA